UAGCCGGCACCACCACCACUCCUCUUCCCCUGCUUUACUCUCGGUUCCUCCGUUCCUCUCCAUCACAGGAGCACGAGACGCGCGCCACAGUAAGGGUAAAAAAAACAACACAUGGCGGCGGCGAACGGGGACGCCAGCCACGGCGGCGGCGGGGUACCGCGCCCGACGAACCCCAUGGUGACGCCGCUGCUCACCGACCUCUACCAGUUCACCAUGGCCUACGCCUACUGGAAGGCCGGCAAGCACCUCGACCGCGCAGUUUUUGAUCUCUACUUCCGGAAAAGUCCAUUUGGCGGUGAGUUCACCAUCUUUGGUGGCCUCGAGGAAUGUAUAAGGUUCAUUGCUAACUUCAAGUUCACGGAGGAUGAAAUCAAAUUUCUGCGAUCUGUCAUGCCUACAUGUGAGGAUGGCUUCUUUGAGUACCUCCGUUCGAUUGACUGCUCAGAUGUGGAGGUUUAUGCCAUACCCGAGGGUUAUGUUGUGUUCCCUAAAGUUCCACUGAUGAGAAUUGAAGGACCUGUUGCUGUUGUCCAGCUUCUUGAAACUCCAUUUCUAAGUCUGGUCAACUAUGCUUCUCUGGUUACCACAAAUGCGGCAAGACACCGACUUGUAGCUGGAAAGUCAAAGAAUUUACUUGAAUUUGGACUUCGACGGGCUCAAGGGCCUGAUGGAGGAAUCAGUGCAUCAAGAUAUUGUUAUAUGGGAGGCUUUGAUGCAACAAGCAAUGUUGCAGCAGGAAGAUUGUUUGGGAUACCAAUACGUGGGACUCAUUCACAUGCAUUUGUGAGCUCCUUCAUGGGUCUUGAUGAAAUUACCAACAAAGCACUUACUAGUUCUGAUGGUUCAAAGAAAUGUGAAGACUUUGUCUCUCUGGUGCAGAAUUGGCUGAUCAGGAUUCAGGAAUCUAGUUCAUUGCAUGGUACCUUUGGAGAAACGAGCCAAAGUGAGUUGGCUGCAUUCACGUCAUAUGCACUGGCAUUUCCAAAUUCCUUCCUGGCCUUGGUUGACACAUAUGAUGUCAUGAGAAGUGGAGUGCCAAACUUCUGUGCUGUUGCUUUGGCCCUCAAUGAUAUGGGGUAUAAGGCAGUCGGAAUUAGGUUGGACUCUGGUGAUUUAGCAUACCUGUCCAUUGAGACCCGCAAGUUCUUCCGUGCAAUUGAAAAAGAAUUUGGAGUUGUUGGUUUUGAGAAAACAAGAAUCACAGCAAGCAAUGACCUUAAUGAAGAAACUAUAGAUGCCCUGAACAAGCAGGGCCAUGAGGUAGAUGCAUUUGGUAUUGGCACCAACCUAGUUACAUGCUAUGCACAAGCUGCACUUGGUUGUGUAUUCAAAUUAGUUGAGAUUAACAAACAGCCUCGCAUUAAGCUUUCUGAAGAUGUCUCAAAGGUAUCGAUACCAUGUAAGAAAAAAUGCUACAGAUUGUAUGGCAAAGAAGGAUAUCCAUUGGUUGAUAUAAUGACUGGAGAAGAUGAGCCAGGUCCAAAGAUUGGUGAAAGGCUCCUGUGUCGGCACCCUUUCAAUGAAUCAAAGAGAGCAUAUGUUGUUCCGCAGCAUGUUGAGGAAUUAUUGAGGUGCUACUGGCCUGGAACUUCAUCGAAUCCACGGGAGGUGCUUCCAUCCAUCCAUGAGAUUAGGACUCGGUGUAUUCACCAUCUGGACCGAAUGAGACCAGACCAUAUGAGGCGGCUGAACCCAACACCUUACAAGGUAAGCGUGAGUACUAAGCUGUAUGACUUCAUCCAUUUCCUGUGGCUCAACGAAGCACCUGUUGGAGAACUGCAAUGAAGAAAUGAGGUGGCGGUAGGGUCAGAGCCCAAACCUAACUCUAAUAACCUGCUCCUCUCAUAUGGGAGGUCCUAAUAAACUGUUGCCGUCGGACAAAUUUCUGAUCCUAAUAAUAAACUGUUGCCGUCGGUGCAAUUCCUGCGUUUGUUUUACCAUCGAUGUGCUUCGGUAAAAUGUGAGGAUGUGUUGGUGGUGUAUCUGUGAAAACCGAAGCCGAAGCGUUACGUACUGGGAAUCAAGAGGAUACCCAUACCAUACUGAGUUGUAUGACUCUUUAAAUGUGAUGAGGAGCAAUCACAGAAUUUGAGACAAAAUUACUUUUGUGUUGAAAUAUCAAAGCAAAUUCACAUAAGUAAUAUUAUA